AUGGAUGCUGUUAUUGAUUCAGACGCCGACGAGCUACUCUUCGAGUCACCUCUGCUUUCACCUCCGGACAGCCAGUCAUGGGAUCUACGGGAAGAAUACGCGGACGACGACAUCCUACAAGACUACUUCGAUGAUAGCCGACCACUCUCGACAUUUGAACUUGAUGAUCAAUGCGAAGGCUCCCAAGGACCUCCUACAGUGGUACCGACGAGGGACUGGGUUAUUGGACGAAUAGAGAGUAUGCUCGAGAGAAUUGUCGACGGUUUGCUUACCGAAAGUGAGCAGCUCACUAUCAGUCUCAAAACCUGCUCACGACUCAGCCGCCGGGAACUCGGCCCAGCACAAGAUACAGGCACAAUACCAACACCAAAAGACAUACAGCUCAGCUACCCGGGGAACAACGCCCAAGAUGCACGACGAUUCACUGUUGUUGUGAGAAUCUUGGAGCUAAUACACUGCUGCCUCAUCGACGGUGUCGUCAUGACAAAACGGUACAACAUGUAUUACCGACAUCCUGACCUGUUCGGCAAACAGUCUGUAGUGGACCGAUAUGUGGAUGACAUUGCGCGCACCCUAGGAGUAUCCCGGUCACUCCUUAACGUGACUGCUGCAGCAAAGGGCCUGAUUGCAGGUAACUUUAGCAUCCUCCCGCAGACCCCGUUCAGAUCUAACUGCUUCUUUAAGGGUCUGCUGGUGCCCACGAUGCAAGCUGGCGACACGCUAGAAAUGUCAUGUGUCCAUUGGAUCCUGGUUAUCGAGAAGGAGGUGAGACCAUUUGUGGCAAGUAUGAUCCAGCUUACACAUUCACAGGCGACGUUCCGUUCUGUGCUAAGCUCGCCUCUGUGGAAUGAGCUCGGCAUACAGGGGCUUAUACUCACCGCGAAAGGCUACCCCGAUCUCGUAUCUAGGAAGUUCCUACGCGAGCUUGCGGAUAACUCACCGCAUAUCCCGAUGUACGCCCUUGUCGAUCUAGAUCCAGAUGGAAUGCAUAUCCUGUCAACGUACAAAUACGGUUCGCUUCGUCUCGCUCACGAGGACGUCGCACACAUGGAUAUACCUGGGGUAUACUUGCCGAAUCUACAGUGGCUCGGUGUUCAGAGUCACCACAUCAACCGAGCACCGGGUAACGAAGGUGACACGGCAACGGCUGCACUCGCAGAUGUCCAAGGCGUCAUGAAACUGACCGCUAGGGAUAGAAAGAAGGCGCAUCAUAUGCUGGAAUGGGGCGUUUGUGGGGAACACGGUUCUGAGCCGACAUGGCGGGCGGAGCUGCAACGCUUGCUGAUGCUGAAUAUUAAGGCGGAAAUGCAAAUAUUGGACGAGCUGCGCGGAGGGCUUGUCUCAUGGUUGAGCUACCAGCUGGAAGUGAUGCAAGGCGGAUCAGCAGACGAUGAGAUACUUUUUUGA